AUGACUGGCUUUGGUCACGGACAUGGUCACGGACAAGGUUAUGGUGUAAUUCCCCCAGGUCCCGAUCCGCAUCCCGCCGGUGAUCCUCUCAAUCCCGGACUCGGCAAUGUAAUGAACCGCCCCGAACAUAAUUUCCGCUCGGCGACUCCUAUGUUUGUUCCCGCUGGAGGUUGGCGCGGUGGUCAACCUCCUUGGGAUCAAGAUAAUCUCGCUGCGUGGAGAACGGGACGGGAUCCCUUGACGGGGGGUGCGAGUCAUCAAUUCCAACAUUUGGAAGGGGAGUAUACUUCUCCGUGGCUUAAUGUGCCGGAUCAGGAUCAAGUGGUGGAAGCGACGAUUGAUCCGUGGGAUCUUAUUGGGGGAAUGGAUGCCAUGGCGCCAAUGGUACGACAACCGGUUGUUCCGCAGAGGGAAAUGCAUUGGCAAGGACCUCAACCGACGGAUAUUCCGUUGGGUCAACUUUUUGAAAGUGAAGCAAGAGAUUGGAGAAGUGGAAAUCCACCAACGAUGCAAGAGCAAAGAGGACUACAGAGAAUCAUGCCGCAGUAUACAGGCUAUGGAGGUCAGAUGGGAGCUCCUAGGGGUCCUGGGGGGUAUUCUCCUCAGACAGAAUAUCAACAGUUCCAUCAACGACAACAGCAAUACCACCACCAUCAAGCACAACAGCAAUACCAUCAAGCACAGCAGCAAUACCACCAACCACAACAGCAAUAUCAUCAACCACAACAGCAGCGCCAUCAACAAACGGAUAUACAGAAUGCAACUUAUGGACAUGGUAUACAUGCCCCAAGGAUCCCAAAAGGUCCCACGUAUCAACAAUUAUAUCUCCCAGUACCACCAGGAAUUACGGUAUGGGAACAACAAGGAGUUCCCCGACCACCAGGUCCACCUACUUGGAGAGAUACAAGAGCCUAUUCCGCCGGACCAGAUGGAGAUUUCGAUCCCUUCAUCGUCGAACAACUCGAAACGGGUACUUAUUCCCCCUGGUUAAGUGAAAUUGCCGCCAAUAUCGAAGCGAUCGAUGAGGGACCCCAACGACAAGGAGAGUCCUUGACUGCUUGGCGAGCACGCGUCGUCACUUCUCGAAAAGCAAUUGGAAUAGAACCUUCAGAAUUGAGAAAACGUCCAUAUUCAUUCCCAACGACGGCAAAACAAGGGGGUGAUACUCCUGAACAAUUUAAAGCUCGAUUGGCUGCUCGUCGAAAAGUUAAAACUCAAUGGGAGAAAGAUAAGGAAGUUCAUAAAAAUAAAAUGGAUCAUACACAUAAGAAUUUCGAUUCGGAAUACGCGACACAAUAUCGAGCUGAAAAAGCAUGUCGACAAUUAGAAAAUGCGAGGAGGAGAAGGACAGCUCUAUUAAUUGCGAGAAGGAUUGCAGAGAGAGAUAAUCAACCAAGACCUACCACACCGGAAUUACCAGAGGAUAGUAGUGAUGAGGAUCUUCCAGCUAUGCCUUCUAGAGAUAGAACUGGGAUGCUUGCAGCUCCGGGUCCAAAGAGCAAACGCUGUUUACGUUGUCAACAUAUGAGGCAAUUGUGUUCUUUAGUAGGAGGAUCACCUCGACCCUGUAAACGCUGUAGAGAAAGUGGAGCAGAUUGUCAAUUACCUCGUGCUAAUCUUACGGGCAAAACUGGAAGCGGGGCUGCAAGUGGAACACCAGGUGAAACUCCAGGUGGAGCUGUAGAAGAAUAUACAGCUAAACGAUCAAGAUUCGCACCAAGAAUCAAACGUUGUUUAUAUUGUAUACACAUGAGAAAACCAUGUACAUUAGUAGCAGGAUCACCUCGACCUUGCGAUCGCUGUAAGCAACGCGGGAUUGUAUGCGAAAUAACUCGGGAUUUGGAAGAUCCGAAUGCGCCUAAACCGGCAUGGAAAUUGAAAACACAGAGACCUGGUCCUAAAAAAAUGCCUAGUCUAUUUUCGGCUUCAGCGAUGGACCUAGAUGAAGAUGAAGAUGAUGAAGAUGAAGAGGAUGAAGAGCCAAUCUCGCCCCAAGAGAAAGCGAGGCUUUCGCGAAAGAAAAGAACUACGUUUAAUCAAAGUUCACGCCGUUCUCCUCAGAGACGUCGACGAAGAAGCGCCAGUCCCGAACUGGAGAAUGCUGCUAGUAUCCAAUGUUUACCUUGUAAAGAUCAAUCUCGACCUUGUGAUGGAGAACGUCCUUGCGGAACGUGUAGACUGAAUGGAACAAUCGAUAUGUGUAGUUCCGUCUCUUACUUUUCAAAAUACAGGGAACGAGAUUAUCAAGGGACAGGAGGUAUCUUACAACGUGCUGAUGAUGAAUUUGAUUUUGAUCUUUCAGUAACGGGAAGAGGAUACAACGAUGUUAAUACUGAAUGGGAUAAAUUGGCUUCGAAUGUCGAAGAAGCAGAUCAAGCGAUUGAAGAUAUGGAUUUAGGUCCUAUGAUGAAUCAUAGUUCACAAGUCAUCAUGGAUUCAUUCGAAGCUGGGCACCAAAACAAUUUCUUCUCGCAAAAUGCAGAAAAUGAGCAUCCAGCCAUGGAACCAUAUAAACCUGAUCCAGAUGGUCCACCUUAUAAUCGGGUCGCUACAGUUACGGAACAAGAUGCAUCAUAUAACAGUCUUGCACCAGAAGGACCAGAAUUUUCAUCCGAACCAUUUGGAGAUGUGGCACAUUAUGCUGCGAUGACUUUUGGCGGAGAAGGGCUAGAUUUCAGUACACCCAAGAUUCCACCUGAAUAUUGUGUUGAAAAUCCUGAUGUAGAAAUGUUGGAUUUAGACGAUGUUCUAAAUUCAGUCGAAGAAAAUCGAUCUGGACUCGAAGUAGCCAAUCAAGAAAAACCAGAUCCCGAUCCAAGACUUCAAAUCCAUCCUCUAUCCGAUUAUCGACAAGAUUGGAAACAAAAUUUGAAAGGAAUUCUCAAAAACAAACACUGCGAUGAACUCAUCGGGGUCGAUAUUUGUUUCAAAUCUCCCGCAAAACAUUGCGAUUAUCUUCAACAUGGUAUUGAAGGAGGUGAUUGGCAUACUUGUGUAUCUUGUCACAAAGAUCAAAAUGUUCGAGUGGCAGAUAAACAAUCAACACUCAUCGAAUACACCAAAUUAUAUUAUUGUGGCGUAUGUGCGGCUGAGCAAAGGCCACGAACAAGUGGAGGGAGAGCAGUUGCAGGUUUCAAGAAAGAAUACUGUACAUGUACAUCUCAGAUGAGAAAGUCAUGGUUAUGUAAUAAUCAUCGGGAUGAGGCUAUUAUGGAUGUAACGGCAAGAGCUGUAGCGGUCAAGAAUUGGUUGUUGAGAAAAGGUUUGUUGAAAUGUAAUGGGUGUGAUAAGAGAAAUUUUGGUCAUAGGUCGGGUAUGUGGGCUUGUGCUUCUUGUAGAGAUGUUGUCUAUGCUUAA